CCCCUCCCGGCAUGCACUGCGCGGCGCCCGGCGCCGGGACUCUGCCCAGCCCGCAGCGGGAGCGGAGCUCGGCCGGGCCGGGCCCGCUGCAGAAGCCCCGCCCGGGGGGGCCAUGGCCGAGCGGGCCGCUGCCCAGGUCCUGGUCCUGGAAGCGCUUUCAGCCUUGCGUAACUUCUGCCGUGGAAGGAGCCCCCUUGCCUUCGGGGAGACUGCUCACACCUGGGCGACUCCCUGGGCAGGUGUCGGCUGCGUUGAUUCCUUACAACCUCAACAAACAGAAGCUACUUAUCUUCACUUUCAAGGAUCUUGACAGCCUAGCCCCAUCCUCCCCAUCCACCUUCAAGGCUCAGGAAUGGGAUGCAGCGUCACAGCGCCCGAUAUCUUCCCAGCUCCCCGGUGUCCCUGAACGAACAUCUGUGCAAACAGCAGAGAUUUCGAUGUGGACCCUAGUGGCUGCUAUCCAAGCUGUGGAGAGAAAGGUGGAUUCGUUUGCCACACGGUUGCUGAGUCUGGAGGGGAGAACUGGGACAGCUGAGAAGAAAAUAUUUGAGUGUGAGAAAACAGAGUUGGAGUUUGGAAAUCAGCUGGAGAGUAAGUGGACUGUGCUGGGAACUCUGAUCCAGGAGUAUGGGCUACUGCAGAGGAGACUGGAGAACAUGGAGAACCUGCUGAAGAACAGGAACUUCUGGAUCCUGAGGCUUCCUCCUGGUAUUAAUGGAGAAGUCCCAAAGCAAUCUCAGAUGACAGCUCAGCACAUGUUGUUUGAUUUAAGAACACUUUCACUGCAGAUAUGGCAAAAUGCAAAGAAGGUGCCGGUGAUGUUUGAUGACAGCGCCGUCUUCUCCCAGGAGGAGUGGGAGAACUUAGAAGACUGGCAGAAGGACCUGUACAAGAAUGUGAUGAAGGGGAAUUACGAAUAUAUGAUCUCACUGGACUAUGCAAUUUCCAAACCUGACAUCCUGUCCCGAAUUGAGCGAGGAGAAGAGCCGUGUGUGAAGGGUCAGCAGGAGUCAGAGGAAAGAGGAACCACUGCAGAUCCCAGCACGGAGUCUGCGAUUUCUACCCUCGAAAUCUCUGCUCAGAUUAAACAAGAGGAAGAGCCAAUUGCUGAGGAGCAGCAGGAUGCAGACGAAAGAGAAGCCCCUACAAAGCCCAUGGCAGCUGACGGCUGGCUUGCCAGCCACGAAAACAACAACAAGGAGCAAGAUUCACAGGAGCUGGAGCCGCAUUGGACCUCGGCCCAAAGACCGGAAGAGAAUAUUUACUAUAGUGCUGAGCGCAGCCUGCCCUGCGAGGGUCAGUACAGCUCCAAUGGGCCAAACGUGACCCUGGCAGUACAUAUGCCAGAGAAACCCACCCAGCACGAGAGAGACUUCAGCCCCUUGAAAGCCAGCACCGUGUCCCCGGGGGCCCCCGUGGCGGAGCGGCCCUAUCUCUGCCCCGAGUGCGGGAAGUGCUUCAGCCGCAGGGAGCACUUCAUGAAGCACCAGCGCACCCACACAGGUGCGCGCUCCUACGUGUGCCCCGAGUGCGGCAAGGGCUUCACGCAGCAGUCCAACCUCACCAACCACUACCGCACCCACACGGGCGAGCGCGCCUAUGUGUGCACCGAGUGUGGCAAGGGCUUCAUCCACCAGUCCACGCUCACCACCCACCUCCGCACCCACACCGGUGAGAAGCCCUACAAGUGCAGCGUGUGCGCCAAGUGCUUCAGCCGCCUCUCCACCCUGCUGGAGCACCAGCGCACCCACACCGGCGAGAAGCCCUACACGUGCCUGGAGUGUGAGAAGCGCUUCAGCCGCCUCUCCACACUGGUGGAGCACCGGCGCACCCACACUGGCGAGAAGCCCUACAAGUGCGCCCAGUGCGAGAAGAGCUUCACCCGCCUCACCAACCUGACCGUGCACCAGAACACCCAUGCCGGCGAGCGCACCUACAAGUGCACCCAGUGUGGCAAGAGCUUCGCCCAGAAGCCCUACUUCCUCAAGCACCUGCGCAACCACACCAAGGAGAAGCUCUACAAGUGCCUGGAGUGCGGCAAGAGCUUCAUCUGCCACUCCUGGCUGGUGCGCCACCAGAUGAUCCACACGGGUGAGCGGCCCUACCAGUGCGGCGAGUGCGGGAAGAGCUUUGUCCAAAAGGAGCACCUCUUGAAACACCAGCGUGUCCACACGGGCGAGCGGCCCUUUCAGAGCUCUGCCUGCGCCAAGAGCUUCCGCUGCCAGCCGUCCCUGAGGCUGCACCAGUGCGCGCAUGCCGGCCAGCAGGGUGGCACGCCGGCUGUGCCGGGGGCAGAGUUCAAGAGCCAGCUGCUGUACCUGAAAAUGGAAAAUACAAGGUAGUACGGGGGUGAGCCCUGCGUUGGGAGCUGCAGUGGGAGAGCCUCCCCCCAGAGACUAGCCAGAUCCACUCCAUGUGAAACACUGCAGUGAAUCCCACGCCCUCUCUGCAUGCCGGGUGGGAGGGGAGCGUUGGACGUGAGGGAUGGUGACGCAAGACUGUAUUGAAUGUGAGCUACAAGCAGCCGUUACGUGCUGUGCCCGGGGAAGAGACCCCACAAUGGACUGAACAAUGCGUUGGAAGCGUCUAAGCGGCCACAGCUGUUUUGUUUGUACGAACAGUCUCCUGGCCGCUGACACCGCCAGCGGGAACGUCGCCAGCAGGCUCCGCCCUGCGGGGAUGGUGCAGGGCAGGCCUACAAGCUGCUGUCGCAGCACGCUGCUGUAACGUGAACAACUUCCUACCGCGACUGCAGAAGUGGCGCACAGGCUGUUGGGAGUGAGUGUCAGCACGUUGGCAGGUGUGCUGGGUUAACAGUACUUUGUCCCCCAGGUCCUCCAGUGUUACAGACCAAUGCGGUCUGCUUGCCGGCGCUGGGCGGCUUCCCGCAGUCAGUAUGGCUGGGGACUCGGAGGUGUGGCGAGGCUGACACGGGCCUGCAAGCCAGAGGCAGAACCAGGUCUACAAUACAGGCCGCCUGUGCUCUUACCUCUCUGCCUCACCACCUUCAGCCUUCAUGAAAGGGAAGCUGAGCUCCACCCUGGCGGGUGAGAGCAGGAAUGGCUCACUUGCCAGUCCGUGGAAGCGAUUGGCAAACUUGAAGCAGUGAUUUCUGUUCUAUUUGUGACACUCCUGCUUCCCACUGCAACUGGUGGUGGGGGGUGUACCCUCAAAUACCCUGGAGCAGCAGCAAAAAAUAAAGUUAAGCUGGGUGCAGGGUGGUCAAAA